AGAGUUUCCAUUGGCAACUUUACAAGCAAAAGGAGGUUUUUGAGAUCUUUGUAAGAGAAAAGAAAUUAAUUGUAGGAAUACGAUGGCGACAAUAAAUCAAGGCCGAAAUGAAAUUAGAGUAAACAACUCAAAUUCGAAAUGUCUUUUAGAAAAUUGGGUUGAAGAGCGCAAUGUAUCGCACAUUGAUCCUCAAAAAUUAAGUGAAAGCGAUAAAAGUCUUGCUCAAAUCCUAAAAAAUGGUCAUAAAGGAAUUCUAACAACUGAAUUUGAUGGUAGUACAGCUAAUAUGACGACAAUUCGAGAUGCUUUCAGGCCACCUGAUAGUCUACCUUGCGAUAAAUUUAAGGGAAGAAAAGGUCAAUUGGAAGAGAUGAUGAUGUUUCAAGAAGCAUUAAGACAAGUUAAAGAAGAAGAAGCUAAAGAGACAGAACUCAGCGAAGCAGAGAAAAAAGAAUUAAGGAUGUCAAUAACCAAAUCUGAUUUUCAUAUGGAACCUUUUGAAUCUAAAUUCCCUACGCCAACCGCCGCUCAUCACCUGAAAGAACAGCCUGCCACUUUUUGGACAGAACAUAGGGAUAAAAUACACGGUAAAUCUCAAGAUAAGAAUUUUGAUUCAUGCUUCAGGAAAAAUACAUCAUUCUCAAAGCCAAUUUCGGAAAGAUUCGACGAUCCUAAACCAUACGAACAAGACAAUUGGCCAAAAAUGUAA